CUUCAUGCACCCGAGAACCUUCAAUUAAGCUCGGCAUGGCUGGAAAUCCUGGAUGGUACCACAAUCCGUACCAGCCCUAUCCAACGCAGGGGCGGAGGCCCUCGAGCAAUCCUUCACCGAACUCCAACUGGCCCUGCACGGUCGCCGAAGGAUUUGACCAAGGGCUCCCCUCCCUGCCGAGCGAGUGGAACUACAACGAAUCUGCUCCAACUGGACACUCUUCAUCCCAUCAUGAACUCGAUUUUGAAUAUGCAGACUAUCCCAGCAGCAACUUGUGCGCUCAGCCGAAUUACCUAGAAUGGUAUCCCCACUCAACACAGUCACACACUGCUUCGUUGCCUCAAGCAAUAUUCUCUCGUCAUGGCAUGGAACGCAAAGGAUCGAAAUCUGCUCGGAUCGCGCUCCCGAGUGUUCCUAGACACUCGCAGGGAUCUGCCUCAGAUCCGAUAUUGGAUCCGGAUAGCGACUGGUGGCACUCUGACGUGCAAGCCCUUUACCUCAACCAGCCGAACCCCGGUGCCAUGAUGGCGAUCCCAUUCAACCCGGCGGAUGGAAUCGCCAAGGUCGGCGUGUCUCUGUCUAACCUUCACGCGAAGCGCGGGCUCGCGAGGGGAGGGGAGCAGAUCGAUGCGGUGCUGCCGAUUCUACACACGGUCAGGAAGUGGCCCGUCGCGGAUAUCGUCAUCGAGUGGCCUGGAUAUAAACCGUUCAAGACGAAGAUCCAUCUUCAAAACGCGGACGCCCAGUUCGUCGAACUUUCGACGCUUGGCAAGGAGCUCGCCCAUCGCUGGAACCAGUUUGCUUCGUCUCACAAACCUGCUCACUUUGAUGAGAAAAACCUUGCUGGCAUUCGUCUCGGUCGGUCCGGGAUCCAGGCAGAUCAAGUUCGGAUUUGUACUCUCUAUACAGUGAGCGGCAUGGACUGGAGAGUUUGCUAUGCUGUCAAUCCUCGGCUGAGCUGAGUAGUAAUACGGCUUCCAUAGAGCGACACACGACGUAGUGUAACAUCAUAAUAUAUCUAUACUCGAGUAAUCUAAUCACUGCUCGGGUCUCGGGAUGAUUCGGAUCGGUGGCGAUGCCUGCACUGUCUUGCCUCUUUCUUCCACUCGCCACCGACCCACCCACCCACCGUCGCCUGUUCUCAUGCGAAGCAGCAGCGUGCGCUCAUGUCGUAUUCGUAUUCUAUCAAACACGUCUGUCUAUUUCGACGAGUGUCGCCGACACAAUGCGUCCCAAUCAUAAUCCUAGUUAUACUGAAACCUCCCUCCAACCGGCCUGGCUCCUCUGCCCUCGUACACAUUUCUGACGACUUCCUCUGCAGGUAGCACCAUGAUAUAGUGCCUAUCGUAACUAGGGGCACAUGAAAACCUCCUCGUCAAAGUCCCGACGUCGAUGCGGCCCAUCGUUCUGCUCCAGCCAGCUCUGCUCGUAACCCCCGUCUCAUUCUGCGGACGCUCUGCCCAAGCUUCGAGGUUGCCUGGGGGACAUGUGUCAUCUCAGCGACCGUCUUUCAGCUUUUGUCCUGUCUCCCAUGGCUUAUAUGUUUGGAGCUCAGGAGAUGAGCGGGAAAGCCCAGCAGGAGAACUGCUGCCCUGCAUCGUAUUACGGCUUGGGCAACCCGGCCUGCAACCCGGCCACCUUGUCUUGAAUUACGGGCAGUCACGCAAUGGACUGGGGCUCUCAUUCUCAAUGGUAGUUGUAGACAUCCCAAGCAUGUAUUCUGCGACGCUGAGCUGCCUCGCUGAGAAGACCUUCCCCCAAUUGAUCUAUGUAGUACCACGUGGGCUCUGUGACAGUCACGACUUUCUCCCAUCGGUCUCGACUAUUGAUAUAUCUCAUGCACUAUACUUCCGAGUUCGACUUCACUGGCGUAGACUAUACCGCAGUCGAGUCUGGACUCUGGCACGACCCCACCACGCAGGUUGAUGAGAUCUACAUACCGGGCCGGGAGAACAAUCAAUCUCUUGUGUUUGCGACCGAAGACUAAUUGUUCCCUUUACUUCGCCAAGGAAGGACCUGUUGUUCUUAGUCGCGCCGCCUCCUGCAGCUUUAUUAUGCACCUCCCUAUCUCCGCCUGGUUCCUUUUGUGUACAUCCUCCCGACAAAUGAUCCUCCGCCCGCGCUGAUCAUUUCGUACGAUCCCCUCGAGCUUGAUUAGGUAGAGACAAUUGGGUUGGCUUCAAUUGUUGUGCGGGAUGAGCGCAGUAUAAGAAGGGCUGAGAAUACGGAGGCUUCCAAUCAAUCCUUCGACUUUACUCCUGCUUCCUCUGUCGGGCCGCGCGACUUUCACUCCUUGCCCAUAUGUUAUGGACAUAUUCGUCAUCCCCACUCUCGCUGCAUGCGUGCGCGACCUCUUGCUCCUCCAACCUGUAUCAGAAAAGUCUCCGCCCCAGUCCCCAUCUUUCUUAAUCGCCGAGGCUGCGGACGAAGACAGUCUUGAGGCCCUGGGCGAGCUCGUGGACUUUGAUAGAUCUGGGCACGGGUCAAAUGGGGGUUGUAUGAUUGCAUAGCCGGGGAUUGAGUUGUUCUUCGUGCGUACGUAUGUUCUUUGUUGUUUUUGUGUACAUGUUGAUCUCGUUCGGUUCAGUGUACAAUUGCGUCGACUAGGGCUGCAUUCGCUGCUCAGGCAUCCAACGACCUCGUUCAUUCGACAUCACAUUCAUCUUGAUAUCAUUCCCACCGUUGCCCCGCAAGCCGAGGCCUCCGCUGAUCUUAAACCUUCUCUGUAUAACCCUUCACACACGAUAUAGAUGUUCUAUAUUUGCACUUAACACUCCAGCGCAAAGAGAACUUGCCAUAACUUAUUGAACUCACUCUCGUGUAUUUAAUCCAUGUAUCGGUCAAAGAAUCAUAACCAAGCCUUCUUUAUCUGGUGGAUGAUAACUCUUAAUUCCCG